AUGAAGUUUUAUCUCCGAAGUAAUAAUGUCACUCCCAGAAAUCCCGACAACCGGGUCUCGCUGGAACAUGCCUUCCUCCGUGCCAAGAAAGGUCGCCCAGACUACCGUAGUUACGACUCUGCUGAGCUGGAGACCAUCUGCCAAGCCCGUGGGCUAUCCCAUGAGAAAUCCAAGUCCACAAAUGCCAAGACUCUGAAACAAGCGGACAAACGGCAGACAUUCGACCAGUUUAUGGAGCUUCCGCCAGAGCUCAGACUGAAGGUGUACGAAUGCCACUUCGCAGAUAUUUGUGAGCGAACUUCUGAGCGCGAGCCAAUUCCAAACUCGUGUCGUGGCGACGAGAUCGGAGGCAUGCUGUUGCCAGAACCUCCCUUGACGAAGGCUUGCCGAAUGAUCAGAGAGGAGGCACUUCCCACAUGGUACAACGACACCACCUUCAACGUGGCCAUCGACCUCCAGUGGAAUACAACUAAUCCUGCCCCUGGGGUGCGACUCGUGCCACAUUUUCAAUUCGACGAAACUGAGAGAUUCCUGCGUACGGCUUCAAGGGAAGCAUUGCAACGCAUUCGCAGACUUCACAUCGUCGGCAUGCUUGAUGUCUCUGGCGGCCAGGAGUUCAGGCUAGCCUGCGACUACUACGUCCACUUGCAGCCCAAGGGCAACAUCGUCACCUCUGUACGCACCAGAUGGGAGUCUUCACCGGCUGCAAGUGCUCGUUUCGGAAGUUUGGCAAUGGAGACGAAUGUGCGAGAAGUCAUGACUCGUAGAUUGAACGUCUUCGUAGAGGAGAAUGUCUCCAUCAAGAAUGGAUUCACGGCAAGGACACUUCAGCCUUUUGCCAAACUCUUCGAGGCAAUCGGAAGUGACUGAGCCGCUUUGUGGCCGGAAGCAGGCAAGCAGCCUGUUGUUAUGAUGCUAGAGACUGGCACGCAGGGG